CUGGAUCGCUCAAUUUAAAAGAGAUCAGUGCAUGGAAUAUUUUGGUUUAGGGAUGCCCUGUAUUUUAAUAUCUGUAAGGGUUAAUGAUGAACAGAUACUGGGUCAUUUAUAACGUGGUGCGAUCAAGCAUCACUUUUCUCACUGCGAGUAAACUUUCCUUCUGUUGGUGAAUGGGGUUGCGCUCUGACAAGAAAAGAAUUAAUGAUUGGUCAGUGUGAUGAAGUGGAGUUACUGUUAUUACUAUAAAAGUGCAUCCCGAAGAGUUUUAUUCAUCUUUAAAUCACAGCAGUUCACAGAGAACAGCACGUUAUAUUUUUAUCCAUUUACGGUUGUAUUCAAUGUUGUGGAAUGUCCACAAGACAAGUUAGUUCCUGUGAACACUUGGCUGUAACCUUUUAAACAGUCGUUUCUUUACCAGACUCUCCUAAUAAAGUUAAUAAGACAGAAAAUGUCGCUUGUCAUGUUACAGAGAAACCGCAAAAGGGUCAACUUCUCUGCCCUGAAGACGUUUGUGUCAAUUUACCGAUUAUUAUUAGUGUUAUUGUGUUAUUUAUUUAUUCUUGCACGUCCCGCAUUUUACAUUAUUUAUAUAUUUGGAGAUGCUGGUGUUGUCAAAAACUGUACUGGGAUUGAAAAUGGAGUGGGAAAUAUAGAAAUAAUACGUUUAAGGAAUCCUUUAAUGAUGAAAGAUUCAUAAGUGAGUAUAAAUAAAUGCAUUAACUCCUUCCUUAAACCGUGAUCAUCAAUUAAUUUAUCAUAUUGGACAAUUUUUUGAGCUAUGAAUUAUUAUGUUUUUUUUUAAAUUAUUUUUAUUUAUGAAUUACUAUUACUAUAUAAUAUAGGAACCGCGCUUCUUUUCACUGAGUCGGAUCAUUUGGCUCGGCUCACUGACUCUUUCGGCUCGCAAACGGUUCAUUCCUUUUUAUUUCUCUCUCUAAACGGGGAAAUGUGCGGUAUAUGUAUAUAUAUAUAUAUAUUUUAAAUAUCCGUAAUCGUGAUUUAUAUCUUCUCAACCAAGCCAUGAAUGAAGUAUCGACAUUAGCUACAUCUAUAGAAAAGUAAAGAAAAACUAAACCCGACUCGGGCAUGUGAGUCGACUCUGAUGUUUCACCUAAAAGAGUCGGUACAAAGACUCGUUCGCUUACCACACAUCUGUAUUCGUAUAACCAAGGCGUAAAAGUUCACCAUAUUCACGCCUUGAAUAUGGAUGAGCUAGAAGUGAUUACCGCCGAAGUGUCAAAGCCAAAACCGGUUCAGUAUUUAUCUAAAAAGCUGUACGAUGCGUUUAGGAGUAAAACUAGAGUCAGUGUAGGAACUGCGUUUGACCGAUGGAGAGCUCUGAAAGAACAGAAAGGCCUGAAAACAGACGCCCAACUCGCCAGGUUUCUCCUCGAUAGUCAUUUUUUUCGUAGCUAUGAAGGCAUUUCACAGACAACAAGAGGGCGUGAGAGGACUCCAUCAACAGCCCAAGAACUUUCUCUUCGUGGGAGCUGUUUCUCAGACGACGACCCGUCCGUUCCGGUGGAGAUCGAGCUCGAACUAACGAGCAGCAUGAUGGAUAAACCAUCGUUGGGAUCACAGGGAUGUGGAAAAGGUCAUGUCUGGCUUUCUUAUUUUCCAGACAUGAGGUCGUCCUCUUUAGACGAGGACGGAUACAGCAGCUUACCCGAGAACAGUUACGCGAUCUUGAGCAAGGAGGUGUUGGUGCUCCUGAUGUUCCGCUGUUUGGAGUGCUCCAGCGAGUGCCGCGUCCGAGGAAUAGGCAAAGGAGGGAGUCUGUCUCUCGGACAGGAGUGUCUGUCCUGCUCCAACUACAGACUGUGGACCUCUAGACAAGCCGAGAAGCCCAAAGAGAUGGUGGCUGCCGCGCCUUUAAUCGCACCGUACGAAGACGUGUCCACUCAGGCGUCUGAUGACUCUUCGGUAUCCGUGACUCUGCACUCGGGAUGCAGUACGGUCGAGUGUAAAAACGCUGCCGUGCAAGACGAGACGGACGCCGAGGCCAUUUCGAGUGUUAUAGUGAAAGAGGAACCGGAAGACUGCGAUGAGGUGAUGAAGGAGGAGCAGCCGAGCCUCCUCAUGGAGACGCACGAGGAUGCUCCGGGAGACGACGGACUCGUCGGGAAUCGCGACGAAGUCGUAACUGUUAAAAACGAGACGGACGAACCGACUCACCUCGAGGCUCUCGCCUUCCAGACCGAGCAGGAAACGCUGCUGAUCGACGAGACCGGACGAGCGAGACGUGCCGAGCUGCCGAGAGACGACGACGACGACGACGACGACGAAGAGGAUUCGGAAGAGAACUCGGAAGCCGACGAGGAUUCGAGCUCGUUCGAUCCGUCGGAGGAUUUAGGCGAGGAAUCGUCCGACGUGGAUAACGCGAGAAAGCUCAUGGUGCUGAAACCGUUUCAGAACACCGUUAAACCCAUUAUUUGGUGUACGGACUGUACGGACGUCGCCAAGAUGAUCUGUACGAUUCGAAGGCACAAAAGGAUCUACGGUUGCGCGGAGUGCGGCGCCGGGGACGAAAACAGCACUUUCAAAGACUUCUCCGUUCAUUUCGGCGACAUAACGAGUUUUCACAAGCACGCCAUGAAGGAACACGGCGCGAAAGAAAUCCCUCCCGAAAACAGAGUCUGCGAGGAUUGCAAUAAAACCAUCAGGAUGCCGACGAACCCUAACAAAAAGCCACGAGAACACGUGUGCGAGUACAAGAUCAAGCCGUUCGCGUGUCACUUGUGUCGCAAGCGCUUUUUUACAGAAACCGGCCAAAAGGUGCACUACCGUCGACUUCACGGAGACUACACGCAUUUCUGUAAGUACUGCAUGACGCCGUUCGACACGAAAGAGUCCAAGCUGAAGCACGAGACGACUCACAGCGAAGAGCCGCUGCCGUACAUCUGCCCCGACUGCCCGGAGAAGUUCCAAGACUUCGUCGCUCGCAACCAACACCUCCGGAGCCACCGAGGCGAAAAGAAACACGUCUGCGACAAGUGCAACCGGAGAUUCGGCGAUCUCGCCAGCUACGACAGACACGUCCGGAUACACUCGGGAGAGAAACCGUACACGUGCAGCGUCUGCGAACGUUCCUUCACGCAGGCCGGACACCUCAAGUCGCACAUGCGUCUGCACACGGGCGAGAGGCCGUUCAUGUGCGAGCGGUGCGGGAAGUGUUUCAAUCACAACGUCAGCCUGAAGAACCACCUGCGGAAGCAUCACUGCACCGACGGCGCCGCGGCCGAAGAUGACCCCUCCAGGACGGCGAAGCGGAGCAGAAAGCGAGCGAGAAAAAGCGCCGAGGACGUCGAGGAGGACCGAGGAUUGGAAUGUCGGACGUCUCGCUCCGAGACCGAGACGUCCGAUUCCGACGAAGAGCGGUCGAAAAGAGGAAAGAAGAAGAAAGCUAGGAGGAAGAGACGAGCGGAAAAAGGCGCAGACAACGACGAGCGUGGCGAGUGAACGUCACGGACUGCAGUGUUUAUUAGUUUCACAACAUUUCCACUGAAAGGUGCACUCUUAUCGCAAUAAAGCUGCUAUCCAUGAGGAUGAAGGCUAAAGCGGCGGUCACGCUAGGGGUUUAAGAAAAGCCUUUGCUCCCGGUACUGGUUAAUUAUCCUACACAUCUCCUCAUUUUGUUUUGCAUCAGAUUUAUGUAGAAGUUUUCAUUGAACUCAGACCUGGGCCAGUAGAAAAUGAGCAAAGGGGUGGGGUCUGAACAUUUAACAACGCGAGCUGUAUUAUUACCAACCCCUUUUGCUAAAUGGGAACUUUCUCGGUCAAUCUAUCACACUUAAGGUUAUCUGUUCAUUGAAACAGUAACCCCCCCCCCCCCUUCAGAAACGCGUCACACCAAAACCCACACCGUUUUGGGUCUAUACACCGAAACCAUGGACAGCUGUGCUACUCGGGUGUCUCUUAGUACCUCACGUUCCUCACUGUCACGUUACUCUUUUGUAAAAAAAAAAAAAGAAAUAAAAGACUCGCAGUGAUGAAGAAUGUUGCUUUGUACAGUUACACAAUAAAACUGCUGUUUAUAACAA